GUUUCUUCUGAUCCCUAACCGGAAACUCUCGUUCCCGACGCACGCUGGGAGGAAAAGAAAAUUUAGCCGAAAGAAAGAAAAGCCUUGUCAUAUUUCAGCCUAACUCUACACCGAAAAAGCUGCAGCAAUGCUCAUUAAAGUAAAGACACUGACAGGAAAGGAGAUUGAAAUUGACAUCGAGCCAACUGACAAGGUUGAGCGUAUCAAGGAGCGAGUGGAGGAAAAAGAAGGCAUACCUCCUCCCCAGCAGAGACUUAUCUUCAGUGGGAAGCAAAUGAAUGAUGACAAGACAGCGGCUGAUUACAAGGUUCAAGGUGGCUCAGUUCUCCACUUAGUUCUGGCACUGAGAGGAGGUCAAUGAGGAUGGGAGCAUACUGAGCAGUCAGCAAUGGAAUGUGCUUUUCCUACGUGGCACAGGGCAAAAGACUUGUACCGUUCAAAUCCACCCGUUGAGCGAUUUAGAUUUCUUUGUAUAUUUAAUAUGUACUGUGAUAUCAUAUGUAACUUGGUGCAAGGAAAAUGUUUACUGCACACCACUCUGCCAUUAAGUUCAGAAAAUUUGAUACUACAUGUAUCUUUGCCUGCACAUUAUGAGAAAAAUUUUUACUUUCUGUAAGAUUGUUUGGAGCAAUAAAAUGCCUAUUAGGUAACACGAAGUCUGUACCUCCAAACAACAUUCAUAGGAUAACAACCAAUUUAUUGCUAUGAUGAAAUUAAAUUCAUUGUUUUCAAACUUUUUCUAGUGAAUGUAAUGAACAUACAUGUACCGGUAACAUCCACAGAGCAACAUUUUUGAAGACCGUCAUAUUUUUCAUGUGUGGUUGGGCCACAUUUGGUUAUCUUGUCUGUUUUAUUCCCUGGAAAGAUGGACUGUGUAGCUUUUGGUUCACCCAGGUUCCUGUUCUAUAUUUAUGUACUGUACUUGCAUACACUGUAUUACUGAUACUGACUCUGGAAUACUACCAAGAUGCUGAUACCAAGUGAUGUGAGAGAAACAUAAACUCAGUAGAGCAGGACCGAUGUGGCUUUUAGUUUUCUUUAUCUUGAAUGUACAUGUAUUAGAAACAAAGAUUAUGUACAAGUCCACUUGUUACUCUGAUAGACAAUAAAACUGCAUUGGUGUAA